AAUGUGGCUCAGUGGGAAAGCCCUAGGUUUAAUCUCCAGUACUGCUGAAUGAAUGAAUGAGUGAAUGGAUAAAUGAAUAACUGAGGAGUGGCAAAAGCUUUGACUGUGGACUAGGUACGGCUGGUACUGUGAUUCUUGGGACCAGGUCAUUUUCUGUGUGCUCAGAUAAAUAUAUAGACCUCAAGCCCAGGUCCCCCAUCUUAGACACGGAUGUGCUAAAAUGUGCUGGGGCCCUCAGGGCCGCCAAGUGUGAGACAGGUCUGGUGGCUGGAGCUGAGAGUGCAGGUAAGGGGUUAAAGGAGCUGGUUGUGACCUAGCACUCACCCGGCUCUCCAUGCGGCCCCACAGAUCCCAAAAUCCCAAGCAUCUCCUCCUGUGGCUCGAGAUGGACAACAAGAAGCGCCUGGCCUACGCCAUCAUCCAGUUCCUGCACGACCAGCUGCGGCACGGCGGGCUCUCGUCCGAUGCCCAGGAGAGCCUGGAAGUUGCCAUUCAGUGCCUGGAGACGGCCUUCGGGGUGACGGUGGAGGACAGCGACCUGGCGCUCCCCCAGACCCUGCUGGAGAUAUUUGAAGCAGCUGCGUCCGGCAAGGAGGCACCACAGGACCCGAGGAGCCCCGAGCGGACCCCGCCUUCCGAGGAAGAUUCAGCCGAGGCGGAGCGCCUGAAAACCGAAGGGAAUGAGCAGAUGAAGGUGGAAAACUUUGAGGCCGCCGUACACCUCUAUGGCAAGGCCAUCGAGCUGAACCCCUCCAACGCCGUCUACUUCUGUAACAGAGCGGCGGCCUACAGCAAGCUGGGGAACUACACGGGCGCCGUGCAGGACUGCGAGCGCGCCAUCUGCAUCGACCCAGCCUACAGCAAGGCCUACGGCCGCAUGGGCCUGGCGCUGUCCAGCCUGAACAAGCACGCGGAGGCGGUGGCCUACUACAAGAAAGCUCUGGAGCUGGACCCCGAGAACGAGACCUACAAGUCCAACCUCAAGAUAGCAGAGCAGAAGCUGCCGAGCCCUACGGGCGGCGUGGGCGGCUUCGACAUCGCCGGCCUGCUGAACAACCCGAGCUUCAUAAACAUGGCAUCAAGCCUAAUGAACAGCCCCCAACUCCAGCAGCUCAUGUCCGGGAUGAUUUCGGGCAGCCAGAACCCCUUGGGGACCCCCGGCACCAGCCCUUCACAGAACGACCUGAGCAGCCUCAUCCAGGCGGGCCAGCAGUUCGCACAGCACAUGCAGCUGCAGAACCCCGAGAUCAUCGAGCAGCUGCGCAGCCAGAUACGUAGCCGAACCCCCAGCGCCAGCAACGACGAGCAGCAGGAGUGAUGGGCAGUGCGCCGGUGCCACCCGUCCUUCCCGGCUGACCGGAAGCCUUCACGUGUUUUGCCGUUUUCUCCCAUUGGGCUGCUCAAGAGAGAAGCAGACAGUGAAGUCGGGCCUGCAUGUUAGGAUGGACCCCGCCCCUGCUGCCCCCGCCCUGCCUCCCCUUCGUCCCUCCACGGCCCAGGCCCCUUCUGAGGAAAGAGCCAGCGAGCCCAGUGCUGACCAGCAGUGACCUUUCUCCCGGCCCCAAGAGCCCUGCAAGUCACUGAGCAGGGCCCCGUAGUCCCCACCGCCUCUUGAUGUGCCCUCAAGGACUUUGAGAGCCGAGCCGACCUCGCGGCCUGGGGCAAGCUCACUGCCAGCCCCGGCCUGGGCGCCCAGCCCGGGACCUCGCGUGCCCCUCCCGAGGGCCUCGAGCCGCAGCGCCUGAUGGGACUCCUGCCGCUGCCUCUGUUCAGUGCGUCCCAGGGACACCCACAGCCCGGCGUGUGGACAGGCUCGCUCCCUCCAGCCCUUCUCCUGCGCUCCUCACAGCCAGCAGCUCGGCUCGGCCUCUGUCCGGCCUGUGCAGAGGGACCCUGUCCUGGCUCCUGCACGUUCCCUCCUGUCCUGCUGCAGGCAGGACCUGGGGCCGCCCCCUCGGCUCUCAGACAGCGCAGGAGCUGCUUCUGGAGGGGCGCCACUGGGAAGUGUGGCCCUCACAGAUCUCCCCACUGCCGCCGUGGCACUGCAGACAUCCCUGUGACCCAGUCGGCCCCGGGCGCCACCAGGCCACGUGGUUGUGAGGCAGCCACGGUGUGUAUCAGGAAGCGGGGGCCGCCACCACAGACACCACCACCCUCACCAGCGGGACGUGGCCAGCCUGUCCCGUCCGCAGGAACCAUGUGGGGAAUAAACAGACAUGGUGACCUCC